CCUAUGCCGGCUCGAGCUGUCAUAUAGCCGGACGUUCGCAUUCAGUUGGAGUUUCUGGCAGUGGCAAGAGCAAUGCAAGACAAGGGGUGUAGCUGAGAUAGAGAGUUAAAGGAAACCAGUUAAAUAUAACAUCUAAUCAGAAUAUAGCUUUGUAUCUGUUUACAGGAAAGCGCACAGUGAACAUGUCGGUGUUGGCGCUACAAGAGUACGAAUUUGAGAGACAGUUCAACGAGGACGAAGCCAUACGAUGGAUGCAAGAAAACUGGAAGAAGUCCUUCCUCUUCUCGGCCCUCUAUGCUGCCUGCAUACUCGGUGGCCGCCAUGUGAUGAAACAGAGGGAGAAAUUCAAUCUGAGGAAACCGCUGGUGCUAUGGUCCCUCACCCUCGCAGUGUUCAGUAUAUUUGGUGCUGUCCGCACUGGAAGCUACAUGACAUACAUUCUGAUGACUAAAGGGCUCAAGCAGUCGGUGUGUGAUCAGAGUUUCUACAACGGGCCGGUCAGCAAGUUCUGGGCCUACGCCUUUGUGCUCAGUAAAGCACCAGAAUUGGGUGACACCCUGUUCAUCGUGCUGCGGAAGCAGAAGCUCAUCUUCCUCCACUGGUACCAUCACAUCACUGUUCUGCUCUACUCCUGGUACUCCUACAAGGACAUGGUGGCUGGCGGCGGCUGGUUCAUGACCAUGAACUACCUGGUCCACGCCGUCAUGUACUCUUACUACGCCCUGAGAGCGGCCGGCUUCAAGGUCUCAAGGAAAUUCGCCAUGUUCAUCACGCUCACGCAGAUCACCCAGAUGCUGGUGGGCUGCGUGGUGAACUACCUGGUUUACUCGUGGAUGCAGCAGGGUCAGGAGUGCCCGUCUCACGUGCAGAACAUUGUGUGGUCCUCACUCAUGUACCUCAGCUACUUUGUGCUCUUCUGUCAGUUCUUCCAUGAGGCCUACAUUGACAAGACCAAGAAGGCCGCCGCAGCUAAAGCAGAAGCCGCCGCCGCAGCCGCUAGGAAGACCCAGUAGACUAAUUUGAGAGGGAAAGAAAGAAGGGAGACUGAUGGACACGAGACGCGAGGACCAAUGACUGAGGAGAUGGGGACAAUUAUCGGCAAAUGGAUGGAUGGAUGGAUGAUGGACGGAUGGGUGGAGGAAUGAAAGAGGGAGGGUGGUUGGGGGUAGAACACGAGGGAACAAAAGGCGGGACUGCUGUCCAUUUGUGCUUGAGCAUACUACUAAUGCACAGAUGUAAAAUCCUUCACUUUGACGGAGGUGCCAUCUCUAGAGAGCUGCACUGAGGAAGGAAGCACUACUCACCAAGGCGACAAACAGUCAGUGUGUCCAUCACCUGAUGUUUCUUUGGCUCCCACUUGAUUCUCCAUAUUUAUGGGACAGUUAAUUUUAUACCAGAUAAAGGAAGUACAUCUACUUGAAAAGGUGUUACUUGAUAAAUAGGAAAUGUAUUGGUACUUAUGAAGAAUGAGGUGACUUAAAUGUACUAUUGAAACCA